AUGCCAAAUCGCAUCCCACCUUUUCAAGUCUCCGAUUUCCUUGCCCACAACACCCUUCCUAUCCCGCUCUCCUCCAUCCCCUCGACCUCCUUCGCUGAACCCAACUGCCCCAUCUGUAAAGUCCGCUAUGCCGAUCCGCCCUCGGACUACGUCCAUCCCGACAUAGGCGACGGCCAACCAGAGGUGGUUCAACGCGCCGAACAGUGCGCGUGA